AUGGCGACCGUUAUGCCAAGGCACGCGAGGCGCUGCAGUCGGGAUGAAAUUACAAAAAGUCCAUUCAGUAGUUAUGAAGCAUUAAAUGAAUAUAAGAAAAAUUAUGCUAAUAGAUUUAUACGUCAGUUAAUAACUGGUACGGUUACUGCUCCAACAGCAGUUACAAAAACAACAUGUAUUUGUGUACCACCAGGAUCAUGCCCAAAUCAAUCAAAUGAUGGCAGUGGACAAUUAGAUAUACGAAUAGUUACAAAUCCUAGCGAUAUAAAUACACCAGUUCCUAAUACUUGUUCCUAUGCAUUAGCUCGAUGUUGUUUAAAUUCACCUUAUCAAUGUGGUGUCAGAUAUCCACCACCACCAGGAAGUGCACCAAGUGGUCCAGGACAAGCUGCAUUUGGAGCAUAUCCAUGGCAAGCAGCCAUUUUGACUUUAGGUGAAAUUUAUUUGGGUUCUGGUGCUUUAGUUAGUUCAAAAUAUGUUUUAACGGUGGCACAUAAAGUCAAUAACGUACCAAUUGCAUCAAUUAAAGUAAGACUUGGCGAAUGGAAUGCUUCUGGGAUUACAGAACCAAUACCAGCACAAGACUUUCAAAUAACUCGAUUAUAUAUACAUCCAGAAUUUAAUUCUAAUAAUUUAUAUAACGAUGUUGCUUUAAUUCGUUUAGCUAGUGAAGUACAGCUGGGGCCUGUUCCAACAAUAGCUUCAAUUUGCUUAAGUCCAAACUCAUUUUCAGGACAGAAAUGUUAUGUUGCAGGAUGGGGUAAAGAUGAUUUUAACGGGUUGUAUCAAGCAAUUCAAAAAGAAGUAGAUGUAACAGUAAUAUCGACAGAUACUUGUCAAGAAAAAUUAAGAAAAACUAGACUUGGACCGAAUUUUGUAUUAAAUGGUACAACUUUUGUAUGCGCUGGUGGUGAAAAUGGGAAAGAUGCUUGUACUGGUGAUGGUGGUUCACCUUUAGUAUGUUCAUCAAACGGACGAUGGUAUGCAGUGGGCUUAGUGGCGUGGGGUAUUGGAUGUGCUGUGAAAGAUGUACCAGGUGUUUACGUAAACUUAUCAACCUAUAUUCCUUGGAUUGAAUCAAUUAUUGCCCAAUCCUGAAUACUUUUUAUAAAAUUAUAUUUUUUAAAACAACAAUAACUAUCGUUUCUUUUUUUCACCAGAAAACUAGUGUUGCAGAAAAAAAACUAAAGAAGUACUUACUUUGAAGAGGCUAAUCUGACCGACAUGUCUUCGUUCUGUUGCAAUA